AGGUGGUCUUUUUUAGCUUCAUUUCAGGGACGCUGGGGCUGUCCCUAUAUUCAUACAUGUCAGGCAUGAAUGUUUCUUCUUUAGACUUGGAUGAGCCCACGUCUCAACGGGUGCUUUGUCUCUCAGAAUGGCCCCAGCGCUACGACAGAGUUUUUGCUUUGAGCACUUGGAACAAUCCAGAGGACGAGGUGCUCUUUCAGGUUCCCGGACAUAACCAGGAGUUUCUGGCGCAGUAUUUCUGCAAGGCUCCAGAUUUGGAUCUGGCUUGCAGGGACGUCAAGCUGCGUACCCAAGACUUGGGCACACCGUUGGCCAUGGCAAUGGGCGGUUCGGGUGGCCAGUACUAUGACAUUUUAGGUGUUUGGGCGAUGCUGUGGCUGGUUCUGACUUUUGUGGCCUGGUUGGGCGUCACGAUCCACGACCUGGCUCUGAUCGGUCAGACGCAGAAGGUGAACGCCAUCCUGGAGCUCAGCCUGUAUGACGACCGUGGUGGACAACAAGGUCGGGGACUGCUUGUGCUUACCGGACGUGGCAUGGAGGACAAUGAGAAGGAAGGUCAGACAUGGAUUGGAUGGUUCCUUGCCGUGGAGGACGAUUACUACGCAUGGUGGGUGUCAAAUCACUACCCGGUGAAAUCGAUUCCAUUCCAUUUUUGUGCCAUACAGGCCCACCGGUGCUCAGUCCCCACACUAUACAGGGAGCCGAUCCAUGUUGACGUCUUUCGAGUUCUUCCUGGGGACUCCUACCAGGAUUUGAAAUGGAUGGAUGAUGCAAAGAAGGCGCAGGCAAAGAGUCUGCUUGAGGAACGGCGGAGGGCACAUCUUGGGUCUGGGAAUGCUGCCCCCCAGUCUUUGGGGGAAGGCGAACUCAGGCCUGGGGGUGCUGACGGUGCACAAGUUGAAGUAGGUCCUGAGGGGAUUGCAGGCUUGGCUCAGGCCCUAGGUGGAGAAGGCCACCCUCCGGAGAAGUUGGCCGCACAGCCAGAGCGGAAAAGGCAGAAGAGAGAAGUGGUGGACACUGACAAGAAGCCUGAUGAUGUCAAGCAGGGCUUGGAUGAAGUUCUCAGCAAGCGGAAGGCCCCAGUGCCAGCUGGAAGUGCUCUCAAGAUGACGAAAGGUGACAAAAAGAAGAAGAAGUCAAAGAAGAGGAGUGACAAAAAGAAGAAAAGGGAAAGGAAUGACAAGAAAGAUGGCUCUAGUGGCACUUCCUCGGAUGAGGAUACAAGCAGCUCUGAGGAUUCGCUUUUUCGAUUGGCCGCCCUGCCAGAAGGAGUAGAUCGCCUGCACCGGCUUCAUCAGGAAAGACCGGGUGCUUUGGGGAACUUGACUUUACGUCGGUUUCAGGAGCUACUCAACCGCUCGACAGGCGGGGGAUCGGCCACUCAGGAGCAAGACUUGCCGCCAGUGGCAAGAGCCUACCUGAGUCAGAUAUACCUGACCAGGAACUCGGAGAGCGCAAUCGGCCUGCGGAACUUGCGAGAGUUACGAACUCUGGCGACCCUUGCGGACAUGAUCGCCAGCAACGAUGCUCUCAGAGCAUUGGACAUGGCCCUCCAGCGGAUGAAGGCAAUCGAGUUGUUCAUCAGUCAGGGGCAAUGGUCCCAGGCCAACCUGCUCGAGCUGAUUCUUCCGGAGGACGAGCAGAGAGCUUGGUUCCGUCAGGAAUUAAAAGCAGCCCAGCAGGAGCACAAGAGCGAAAUGCGGAACCGGGAAGGGCCGGAAGGGCCGAGGAAAAGGAAAGAAAGGAGGCAAGAGAUGGUGAUUGAGGAGAGGAACCCAAUUGGCCUCAGCUACCCUGCUUUGGAAAGAGCGAUGCGAGAGAAUGAGAUUUCCGAGGAGACAGCAGUCAAGGUGAGGGAGCUCCUACUUGAUGAAGAGGUCAUCGGACUCCAUCAGCUCCUACAGAAGUCAGUGAAGGCCAGUCCCAACUGGGUGAAAAUUGAGUUCAGAUUCUUUGAGAUCCUUGCAGAUGUCGCUGGUGACCCGCCCAGUGUUGUCAAGAAGCGGUUGCAGGAGCAUUGCAGCUUUAUUGAAGCGGAAAGGAAUCCAUCCGCCUCGCCAGCCCUAUCUACCCUUCUGGGAGUUGGCAGCCUUCCACUUGGGGUUGAUCCUCGGGUGGGAGAAGGCCGGCUCCUGAGGGUUGAACAGGGGGUCGAAGUGAGAGCGGCAGAGGUUGAAUGGAAAAAGGAGGAUGGUGUGUUUGUGGGGGCGCCCCACAGAGAGCAUGGUUGCACCAUCUAUCACAAGGACUUUGUGAGCCAGCUUGGGCACGAGGCAGUCAGGCAAUCAUUGUCCGGCCAGAAGCUCUAUGUUGCGCCCAAUGAUGUGGAUGGGGCCUUGUGGUUGAUCCGUGAGUUCAAACUUGGUAAAGGACAGCACCUGAGCGUUGAGGGUUGGAGGCAGAGAAUGGAACGAGGCUGCUCUCGUGAGAUGUCGUUGAGUCUGACUGGGGUGGUGUUGAAGCUUGGAAUCAUGGAUCGCCCCGGUGAGCUUGGGAACUUUGCUCGAGCUCUUUCUUGCUGUGCUCUGGAGACUUUUCAGCGACAGCCUGCAGAGCUCCUCCCUCUACCUCUGCCCGAGAUGAACGAUGAGGAGCGUUCAAUUGAGGAAGCUGUCCAUAGAUGCAUGAAAGGAGAUGACGAUGUUGGUGGUGCAAGAUGGAUUGAAUUGAGAAAAGAGACGGAGAAAAUUGGAAGAAAAGUAUGGACAUGGUUGCAAUGCUUGGUGGUCAACUUUCUUUACUCCCAAGGGAGUGGUCACCGCAUGUUGACGGAAGGGAUGCUUCACAGCAGAACACCAACAAAAGCUCAGCAGGAAGCCUUGGGACGAUUUUCUGAGAUGAGCCGGAAGUGGCUGGAGGAGGAUACCGGUGACAGUGUGAAGGCAGAUACAUGGGAAAAUUGUUCAGAAGGCCUGGGAGACAUGUACACAGGGCCGAACAUUGGCAAAUCGUACCCCCUCACGCUGGAGGCGAUUCUGCCUACAACCCCGGGCUCAGGAGAGGCUGCUCGCAUCCCUAUGGUUGAUGUGGUCAGUGACAGCGUGAAGCCCUAUGUGGAAUCUCCGGAAAGUCUCCUGAUCCCUGAGGAGGAGUUGGUGGCUCCCCGCAUCUCAGCGGCCGUGCAGGUGACUUCUCAGCAGGAGUGGAACAAGGUUGUGAGCCACCUUGUGGAUGCAGGAAUGCUGGAAAGAGAAGUAAAAGAGGAGACAUUGAGAUACAAGGAUCAGCCUGUGAGAAAUGGAGCCUUUGGAGUGCAUAAGGCCUGGGUUCUGAAGGAAGAUGGAAGCUGGCUGCGGACCCUGCGGCUCAUCAUCAACAUGAUCCCGGCCAACAGCUUUCAAAGGAGGAUGCCGGUACGUGCCUCUGAGAAAAUGGGCUAUGCGCCUCUAUGGGGCAAUUUGUACUUGCAUGAUGAUGAAGUAAUCAUCUGCUCAGCUGAAGACCAGAAGCAUUGUUUUCACAUCUACCGACCAGGGUAUUCAUGGAGAGGCUUGUUCACGUUGAACAAGAAGGCGGCUGGUGAGUGCUUCAAAGAUGGAAAUGAUCAGAUGAGCUAUCCACGGGUGAAGAGCGCACCAAUGGGUUGGAACAAUGUGGUUGACUUCAUCCAAGAUGGGUUUGAAAACAUGGCAAGGGAAGCAGGGCUGCCUCCAAACCAGAUCAUCAGGAUGGGAGAGCCAAGUCCAUUGGUGCCAUUGGAAACCCCCAGGAGUUUCUUUUCGUUCUAUGUGGACAACUUUGAUCAGUUGAAGCUGGUCUGGCGGACAGACCAAGGUCUCUAUGAGGGGUUCCCAAGUGAGGAACAACUGAAGUUGAGGGAGAAGAUGAAUCAGCUGACAGUUGGACGGGAUCCAAAGAAAGCUGCUGAGGGAACAAUUUCAUGGAGCAGUCUGGGAGCCGAAAUUGCUGGAAAGGAAGGUUGGGUUGGCAGUGCACGAAGCUUCCGAAAAGCGUUGCUGGGUGCAAACCUUGGGCUGCUGGUCGGGGGGGAGGUCCGUGCCGACUCACCCAGCCUGCAGUCUGUGGUUUCUAAGAACAUGCACUCGGUGCAGUUCUGCCGGCAACUGGCCUGCCUCUUCGAUAGGCUCUAUGUGGAAAUGAAUCAGGAGAAGCCACGCAUCAUGACAGAGCAGGCAAAAGAUGAGCUUCUGCUUUUGAGUUGUGGGCUGCCUAUGCACUGGCUUGACCUGCGAUUGAAGGUGUCGGGUCAAGUGUAUGCUACGGAUGCCAGUCCUGAGGGUGGCGGAGCUUGUAGUAGCACCUCGCUGAGCCCUUGGGGCAAUGCCCGCCUCCAGAGCAUGUCGCAUGAAACUGAAGGUCUAGAAGGAGGCGGCACCCGCAACGCCUUGGUAGUGGAAUGUUUCGCGGGCAUGGGUGGCCUCAAGCAGGCCCUGGAUCUCCUGGGUUUCGAGCCAGCAGGGGUGAUUGCCAUUGACAAUUCCCCGGAGUGCAGUCGGAUUUACCGGCAGCACUGCCGCCAUGCCAUUUGGAUCCAGGACAUUACAACGAUCACUGAGGCACAGGUGAUAGAAUGGCGGAGGAGAUUCCCAAAAGUCACACAAGUCAUCUUGGCUGGAGGAUGGCCCUGUGUAAACCAUUCCCUGUUGAAUGUGCACCGGCAGGGUGCAGAAGGUGCUACGAGCAAGCUUCUUGACGGCAUGCUCCAAAUUCGGCAAUGGCUCAAAGAAUGCAGCAGGAAGCUCAACCUGCCUGAGUGGAAACUGGUGGAGAUGUACGAGAAUGUUGUCAUGGAUGAUGGGGACUUCAAGGUGCAGACGAAGAAGAUAGGCUUCCUUCCAUACUUCAUGGAAGCGGCUCAGCUGGGCCGCUGUAGGCGACCACGUCUCUAUUGGCUGUCAGGAGUGGACAUCAUUCCUGGAGAUGACUUGAAGGUUUUGCAGAGGGUCAUUAUGCGAGGACAUGAAUAUCAUGUCAAGGAAGUCAGAGUGGAUACAGAAAGGCUGCCUCUGGAGUGGUUCCUGGAGAAGGGUGCUUCCAAAAUGAAAGGCCCUGAAGACCCUUUCGCAACCUUCACGAGGCCAAUUCCACGUCAAUCUCCUCCGGACAGCCCUGCUGGGCUGGACCAGGCCUCAGAACGAGCGAAGAAAAGAUGGCAAGGAGACAGCUUCCGGCUGCAGGUGUAUCAGUAUGAAGAGCGGAACCUGGUGGUUGACAAGAACGGCCCUCGUCGCCCCCUUCCCGAAGAACAACUUCGAAUGAUGGGGUUCUGCUCGAACCAUCUGACAGCCAAGAAUCGUUUGAGCAAUGAUCUGAAGGGGCAAAUGAUUGGCAAUAGCUUCUCUGCCAUCUCAGUCGCCCGUCUCCUAGUUGGACUGGUUGCUACACCAGAACAAUGCAAGAACAAAGAUGUGACCUUGCUGCUAUGGCAGGUCUGGCAGCAAAAGGAGCAAAAAGCCCGGCAAGAGGAUAAGCCUUGGAAGAUAAGGUUUUCAAGCGUGGCUGCAGGGGCACCCGGGGCGGUGAGUCUCGUUCACGAGAUCUUGCCGUCACCUGUCGCUCCGUUGCGGUCGCUCAUUGACCCACAAGGAUGGCUGACCGAUGAGGAGGCCUUGAGCUACCUCCUGGCCCGAAAUGGAACUCAUCGCAAUGCCGAAAUCAGGGUCGAUUUGGGAAUGCCCUAUGCUGUUGGCGAACUUUGUCGACAGAGCGUGGAUCCCACACAUUGGGUGUGGAAAGUGCUCCUGUCAUACGCCUGGAAGGAAAAAGGGCAGCACAUCAACGUCUUGGAGUUGGUGGCUGUCCUCGACCUGCUCCGGCGUCAAGCUCGAGAUCCAAAGUUUCACAGCCUCAAGAUGUUGACCCUGGUGGAUAAUCAGGUGGCACUGAGCUGCAUCUCUAAGGGACGCAGUUCCGCCCGAGCACUCCAAGGACCUCUUCGGAGGAUCAGCGCCGUUAGCCUCGCCGCUCACUUUCGAUUAUGUCUGGCCUGGGUGAAGAGUAAGUGGAAUCCCGCUGAUGGGCCCUCGAGGUGGGCCAAAAAGAAACGACCCAAUGCCUAA